GUAUAUCUAAGUUUUUGACGCGUGCGCUGCUUAUACUAGCACAGUACUGUUUUACUUUACUUUCAAUGUAUGUUGGAAGGAACAUCAAUGCCUGCUCUUUAGGUUGAGGAAGGCGCCCCAAUCUUCGUUGCUUGCCUCUGGCGGAUGCUGCCUUAGGUGUCUUCUUGCUGGAAAUGGAUGCCUGCAGAUGAGUGAAACCUUUUGGAGAAAGCACACAUUGUUGAUACCUGCAGGCGGCAAUGCCUGGAACUGCUGGCUGAUAAAAUGUCUGCUGAAGUGGCUGACAGCACGGAGCUGCAUUAUUUGCCACCAGUCCAUGGCACCACUAUUGACCGAGAAGAUCUUGGAACCAGCACCGACAAAGAAGACACCUUUGGCCAAGGGGUGCUGUGCAUCCAGGAAGAAGGCCGUGCUGAGGCUCUCUCAGCCACGGAGUUGGAGGUAGCCUACCGUGAAGCUGGUGGGGCUGCAGCGGGUGGCUGGCUGGAUGGCUUGCUAGGCUGCCUUCGCCCGGUCUGGAGCAUCCUUCACAAGGCUGAUGACAGCCAGGGGCCAGGGGACAGUUGGGAGAUUCCAUUUGAGGCCAUUGGUCAGCUCCAGUUUGUGGGAAGUGGAGCCCAGGGUGCGGUGUUUGUGGGCCAGCUGCGCGAUGAAACAGUGGCUGUUAAGAAGGUCACCAGCUUAGCCGAGACUGACAUCCGGCACCUACGAAAGCUCAACCACCCCAACAUUGUGGCCUUCAAGGGGGUGUGCACUCAAGAGCCGUGCUUCUGUAUUGUGAUGGAAUACUGUCCCUAUGGGCAAUUGUACGAUGCACUCAAGAAUGGCCGCAUCAUCCCACCUGCCACUGUGGUGGAAUGGAGCAAGCACAUAGCCUCUGGCAUGAACUACCUCCACUCUCGGAGCAUUAUUCACAGGGACCUCAAGUCACCCAACAUUCUAAUCAGCUACAAUGAUGUGCUCAAGAUUUCCGACUUUGGCACCUGCCGACAGUGGAGUGAGCGCAGCACCAAGAUGUCCUUUGCGGGCACCGUGGCCUGGAUGGCACCCGAGGUGAUCCGCAAUGAGCCCUGCUCUGAGAAGGUGGAUAUAUGGUCAUAUGGGGUGGUUAUGUGGGAGCUACUCAACUGUGAGACACCCUACAAGGACGUUGAUUCCAAUGCCAUUAUCUGGGGAGUAGGCAACAACAGCCUGCACCUGCCUGUGCCUGCCACCUGCCCAGAUGGAUUUCGGCUGCUCAUGCGCCAGUGCUGGAGCCCCAAGCCUCGUAACCGGCCUUCAUUCCGGCACAUUCUGAUGCACUUGGACAUAGCAGCUGUGGAGAUUCUGAGCACACCCAAGGAGAGCUACUUUGCAGCCCAGGCUGGCUGGAAGGAGGAGAUACGACGCUACAUGCAGAGUAUCCGUCAGGAGGGCCAACCCCAGGGGGAGCAGGAACUGAUUCGGCGGCGGCGGGAAGAGCUUCGGCAUGCGCAAGACAUUCGGCUACACUACGAGCGCAAGUUGGAGCGCACCAAUAACCUCUACAUGGAGUUCACUGCUUGCCUGCUGCAGCUAGAGCAGCGUGAGCGGGAAAUCAUCAGACGAGAACAAAGUUUGGAGAUUGGUUCAGGCAAUCGGCCCUACAAGAAGCACAUUGUGCGGCCUCUCAUUAAGGCCCAGGAGCGCUUUGGCAAGAAACGCUCUUAUCGACUUCCCUCGGACCCUCCAAGUCCCGAGCUCGUGGAGCAGGCAGUGGGGUCACCGUCCAGCAAAGGCCGCUCCCGGAGGGCCACGCACCGUCGCAGUGGCUCCAGCAGCAGCUGCUGUCGCAUGGUAGACAGUGAGACACAGACGGAUGCCGUGCAACUAUCACCCCACAGUGAGGAGGAGAAGGACCUGAACAGCAACCAGGCUCCGGCUCGCCUGGUACUGCAGACGCCCAGCAUUCUAGAGGACUGCUCUGCUCGGCCUCCGCGCCAAAAGCGUCCCAUGAGUGACAGUGACGAGUCACCCACCAGCCCUCCCCAGCAGGAUCUGACUACCUCCGAAGAAGAGGGUGAAGUGGACGAUGAAUACACUGCACAACAAGGGCCGAUGCGGCAAGCAGUAAGUGGCCAGUCUAUCUCUACGCUCAGUUCCGAGGGAAAUCUAUCGGAGGAAGAAGGCAACACAAGUGAAUGCUCGAGCUGCCAGCCAGCUGAACUUCUGUCAAGCCUCUCCAACCCAGACGACUGUGGGCCACUCCAGACACAAGGGAUUCUUCUUAAAAAGGAACCCAUUGCCAACCAUCAGUGACAUGCACAGCCAAACGUCGCGUGUGAACAGCGAGAUGGGUCACACAGAGACCACUGUCUGGUAGACAUCCUGCGUGCUCUAGUUGACUUCUUUUUUUGCUUUGUUUUUUAAUGCUCAUGAGACAUUCCAAGUGAACAAAGAGUCCUGUUAGCAGCCAUGGCUACUACCAAUGGACACGAUUUUACUUAUUUAUUAAGUUUGUUGCUGCUCUGUGAGUGGCACUCUCCUUCACCAGGAUUUCAAGACAGAUUGGCUAAUGGCUUGGUUGUCCCCCCAAAAACAUUUGCUCUUGCCUACACAAGUAAAGAGCACCGUGCUAUGCAGGCAACAGCCUAGAGCCAAUGCGCUCCAUUUUGUUUUGUAAAAACAAACAGGUUAUGCUUUGUGAUAAAAUCACCAGGAGAAUUUCAUUUGUGUCUUUUGGGAGCUUAUGUGUGCAUAUAGAUAUACAGUGAAAUCUCAUUACCACAAACUUCACAUUCCUUAAUCUUUCAUAUAAAUGAAUUAAAAUAUCUCCAUCCAGUCGCCUCUUGUUUUGAUGUGAAACAAUAUUAGUACUACUGUGCAAAUGAAAACACCAACACCAUGCACUGUAUUUACCCGAGUCCAACCCCAAAUCUAAUGCUCACCCAAUAUUAGAGGGCCUAAAGUAAGAAAUGAAAAAUAUAGAAUAAUAUAAUGAGCUUCUGAUUUGUGAAAGAAUGUGACAUGCUCCCACAUUCUUUUUGAAAUAUUCAUACAAAAGUUUCAGUUGAUGAGCUUUAGCAAUCACAGCCAAAAUUUUUAUCAAGAAAGUUCCAUCCAUACUAUAUGUUUGUACCUGCAUUGUAUGUGUGCAUGUGUGUAUAUAUAUAUAUAUAAUACACAUACACACACACACACGGUGUAGCCUGCACCAUGGCAGUCACGAAUCUAUAAGCGGUGCCGCACUACAGCCAAAGCAACCUUUUUUCAAGGGCUGCAGUUGCACAAACAUGUGUUGUGCAUGCAGCCUCGCGUGACCGGAAAUCGAAGCAUGCGAUGUGUGGUGCUUACAACUAUUCUAUUUUCUGAAUAUUAAAAAAUAGCGACCAAAGAACUGCCUUGCAAACGAAAUGUAUGCUAUGGGGAGGAUCUAAUAAAAGAAAGCAACAUCACAGAAA